AUGCUCUCAAUUGCUCAAAUUGAUCACAGAUUUGUUCAGAGCAUCUUUUGUUUUUGCGGUAUUUCACGUUCCAUAUGUAGCACUAGUAAUGGAUUCAUCGAUGGGUUUCAACGAAUAGAGAAAUACUUAAUUGAUUAUCGUAAAAGCUCGAACUGUGAUACCGUAUCAGAUGAAAACCAAGAAGAAGAGUCAGUUGAUUCCGUUGGCACAAGUGGCAGAUAUGAAGAAGAAGAAGAAGAACAUCACCAACAAUAUGUAUUCAACAGAUCAAGCUUUCUAAGAAACACAAAAAACGCAGCAGCCAUGGCGCUCAAAGUUCUCCAACAAGAUGGUCCUGGGUUCGACGCAAGAUCAGCUUUGGAUAAUCUAGAAAUACAAGUUUCAGGUUUACUCGUGAGAGAAGUUCUUAUAGGAAUCUUGAAGAACAUCAAUCAAGCAAACAGAGACCGAUGUGUAAAACUUGGCUACAAAUUCUUCAUAUGGUCAGGCCAAAAACAGAACUACAAUCACACAGUUAACACCUACCAUUUAAUCAUGCAAAUCUUUGCAGAAUCACAAGAAUACAAAGCAAUGUGGAGAUUACUCGAUGAAAUGACAGAAAAAGGAUACCCUGUAACCUCACGAACUUUCAACAUCUUUAUAUGCUCAUGUGGCGAAGCGGGUAUAGCCAAGAAAGUUGUAGAAAGAUUCAUAAAGUCAAAUUCAUUCAAUUUUCGCCCUUUUAAGCAUUCCUUCAAUGCAAUCUUACAUUCCCUUCAUGCUAUAAAACACUAUAAUCUCAUCGAUUGGGUGUAUCAACAAAUGUUGGCAGAUGGUCGGCAACCAGACACAUUAACAUAUAACAUCGUAAUGUACGCAAAAUAUAGAUUGGGGAGAUUAGAUCAGUUUCAUAGCUUAUUUGAUGAAAUGGGAAGAAACGGAUUCCCUCCAGAUUUGCAUACAUUCAACAUCUUACUUCACAUUUAUGGACGAGCAAACAAACCAGCUGAAGCUGUUGUGCAUUUGUCGAUGAUGAAAGAAGCUGGAAUUGAGCCAAAUGUUCUUCAUUUUACCAAUUUGAUAGAUGCAUUAAGUCGAGCUGGAAACAUGGAUGCAUGGGGGCAGUUUGAAAAAGCAGAAGAAAUGUUUUCAGAUAUGUUUGAUAAUGGGAAGAUUCCUAAUGUUUAUACAUAUAAUACAAUGAUACGUGGGCUUUGUAUGGCUGGAAAAUUUGAGUAUGCGUGUUUGAUGCUUAAGGAAAUGGAAUCCAGAGGGUGUAAUCCGAAUUUUCUUGUGUAUAAAACUUUAGUGAGUUUUUUGAAGAAUGCUGGAAAGGUUUUUGAAGCUAAUGAGGUGAUUAAAGGGAUGGUGGAAAAAGGGCAAUAUGGUCAUCUUCUUAAGAGGAUUAAGAAAUAUAAGAGGUGCUAA